AUGGGCUUACAUCCCCCACAGCGCAUACAUCGCUCUGCGACCUCCGACGUUAACCCUCCCGGCCCCAAUUCCUCCACCUCGGAUCGCUUCUGGGCACCGCAAUCGCAGCCAUACCCAGAUGGGUAUCCUUCCGGGUCUGGCCCCCGAAGAGGCAGUCUGCCCGUUGUUGCAACUUCUCCCGUGCCUACUUCAAGCGUAAUCGAGCUGAGAAGAGCUAGUGCAUCCAGCCAGGCCAGCCACAGCAGCAGUGACAGUAGCGUGGCGGGUGCUCCUCGUCUCUCUCUAUCCCUGCCCACAAUGGGCUCCUUGGCGCGACGUAGGGAAGCGGCAAUUGCUAGUGGAGAGGAGAGGCAAAAGGUACAAUGGGCAAGGCGAGUCAUGAGGUAUGUUGAGCGCGAGCAUGGAACUGCCGCCAAAGUCAACGACCCUACCCUUCUGCGCUGGAUUGAUGAUGCCAUGGCUACCAUCAAUCGACGAGCGGGCGCAUCACCACCCGACCCCGAAGCGCUGUAUCUGCGUGGUGACCUGAAAGCGUCAGGCAAUUUCUCUACAUACCACGUCAAAGAUCCGAGAGAUGCCUUCACUGACUUUGAAAAGUCUGGUAGGGCUGGGUUCCCUGCAUCUUGGUACCGCAUCGGAAGGGACUACGAGUUGCAUCAUUCUUACGCCCUCAGUAAAGAUGCCUACGAACGGGGCUGCCAGUUGCAAGACACAAACUCGACCUUCCGUAUGGGUCGGGCUUAUCUGUUUGGCCAAUUGAAAGUCAAGCAAGACUUUGAGAAGGCUCUGCCUCUUCUCAGACUUGCCGCUGACAUGGCGAACGAAGAUCUGCCUGAGCCAGGCUUCUUUUACGGACAGCUCCACGCAGGAGAAUACGCCCAUCUCAACAUCCCAGACGAACUUAUUCGACCUUCUCCUCAUGGCUCACCCAGCUCAGAGCAGCUGGCACUGCGUUACAUCGAGCGGGCCGCUUACCUCAAUCACGCCUCUGCUCAGCUCAAGCUCGGCUGGGCAUACGAGUAUGCCAAGAUCCAAUGUCCCUUUGACCCUCUACUCUCUGUGCAGUACUACUCGCUUGCAUCAAAAGGCGGCAAAGCCGAAGCAGACGUUGCACUAUCGCGCUGGUUCCUAUGCGGAGCCGAGGGCUGUUUUGAGAAGAACGAAGCGCUGGCAUUCACCUUUGCUGAAAAAGCUACUCGUCGCAAUCUUCCUGCUGCCGAAUUUGCCUUGGCCUACUAUUACGAGGUGGGCGUAGGCUGCGACAAAGACCUGCCGCUGGCUAUGAAGUGGUACCGUAGAUCUGCUGCCCAAGGUAAUGCGGAUGCGCAGACUAGACUCACGGCUCUGGCUGCGUCGACGGAUGCUGCUGUCUCCCGCUCCCAAUACGAGGCUGAGCUCGACUCGCAGAUGACGCGCGGGCAUACUGCUGCAAGGAACCUGUCU